AUGCUAUUCUCUUGUUUUCUAGUUGCCGUUGUCAUUGCUUUUAUUAUAUGCUAUGCUCCAUUUCAUGUUCAACGUUUGAUAACAAGUCGUUUAAAUGUUUCACAUUUAUCAUUACUUCAACAACGUGCAAUAACUAUAUUUUAUUUUAUUAGUGGAAUUUUUUAUUAUAUCGGUUCAACCGUAAAUCCGAUAUUUUAUCAUUUAUUUUCCCGUAAAUAUCGUUUAGCAUGUAUUCGUACAAUGAAAAGAAUUCUUCAUUGUAAAAAACGUCGUAAAGAUCGUCAUAAUCAAGAAAAUUUUCAGAAACCAAGUAAAAUUUCACUAUUAAAACGUUAUCCAAGUACACCUCGAGGAAAAAGAAAAAUACCAAAUGCAGCACCAAUUAUAUACCGACCAUCAAAUAGACUAAAAGUAAAUGCUGAUAGAAACAAUAAUAAAACAAAUUUAUUACGUUUAUCAUUACCCCCAUUUACUCAAGAACGACUUCAUUAA